AUGAAAGCGAAAUCUAGCAAAGGAGGCUUGGUUGCUAUAUUCGUUCUAGUCGUUUAUUGCUACUUGAAGUAUAUGGCUGAGAUCUCGAUGGAGGUUUCUCCUUACGAACCUGUUGGAAGUUAUGUUCGUGGAGGUUUCUUUGCUCUCCACAACAAAGAUCAGAUGCUAAAAACGUUCCCAUCUUAUAGCCAGUAUCACAAAAGACUCAAUCUUGCCACAGUGGAGAUUUGGCAAAAAUUAAGAAGCAAGUGUAGAGAUGGUUUCAUCACUUUGAGCAUCAAAUCAAUGCAUUUUUUCGUCUCAAAACUUGUGCAAUUCAGAUAUUCAAUAUCAGUCCCAGCUCCAGUCAAUCGCUCGUGGCCUUCUCGGAUUGUUUUCUGGGUAACAUUAACUCGAUCAGUCUCGUCCAUGGCCAACGACACAGUUCUAUGA